AUGACUUUGCCACUACCGAUACCUCCGUGCGCCAAGAGAGAUGGUCUUAGUGGCUUAGGUUGUGAUCGUUUUGAAUAUGCAAGUAGUAUGGCUACUACAUUACUAGCACCCGUAAAGACAGAGCGUGAAAUCCUCGAGCAUUCCAUGUCUGAAGAUGAUCCAAACGCUAACACGCAAUUAUUGAGUGAAGUAGGCAAACAACCUAGAUGGGGUCCACGACACAAAGGUGCUCAAGAACUUGCAGAAUUAUAUAGCCCAGGGAAAAGGCUUCAGGAAUGGGUGUGUGUGGUGUUUUGUUGCACACUAACUAUUUGUGCAGGCCUCCUCAUGGCCAGAUAUAUUAGACCAGAUGCAUCACUAUUAUUUGCAGCCCUAGCUGGAGUCUUGACAGCAGAUUUUGCUUCAGGAGUAGUGCAUUGGGCUGCUGACACAUGGGGAGCUGUAGAUUUACCUUUAAUUGGCAAGAAUUUUUUGCGACCAUUUCGGGAACACCACAUCGAUCCUACGUCUAUUACACGACACGAUUUUGUGGAGACAAAUGGGGAUAAUUUCGCAAUCACUAUUCCAGUUUUAGCCAGAAUAGUCUGGCAACUAUUAACAUAUGAUACAGACGUUAUUGAUCAGCAGUUCCAUUGGAUUGCCUACUGGUACUUGUGCUGCAUUUUUGUCGCCAUGACCAACCAGAUUCACAAAUGGUCGCACACAUAUUUUGGUUUACCGGUAUGGGUUGUUUGGCUGCAAGAGUGGCACAUAGUGCUGCCACGUCGCCAUCAUCGUAUACAUCAUGUAGCACCGCACGAGACUUACUUUUGUAUCACCACGGGCUGGUUGAACUGGCCCUUGGAAAAAUUGCAGUUUUGGUCCACUCUCGAAAUAGUAAUAGAAGCUUUAACUGGGUGUAAGCCCCGUGCAGACGACAUGAAAUGGGCUCAAAAGCGUUCU